AUGCGUAUGCAAUCCCCGGGGGAGAUCAUGGAAGACUUUAUUACAGACUUGUGCAAGUUAGCAGAUUCGUGCGAGUACGAGAAUUUCCGUGAACAAUUAAUUCGUGACCGGAUCAUCGUGGGCGUGGCCGACCGACACCUCUCUGAGAGAUUGCAGCUUCUCGAUGGUUUGGAUUAUAAAAGAGCCGUGGAAGUAGCUAGAAGCUAUGAGACAGCACAAAGACAGAACCAAUUGUUACGUUCGGAUGUGACGGGAACCGGAACGGCGGUAAACCGUGUGCAAAACAAGACCAAAGCUCGUAAAGGAAGGAAUUAUUCCACGCCAUGGAAGUGCUACGGCUGCGGAAGUGAGAAGAAGAAUACCAAAGAAGAAUGCCCUGCGCGUAGUUCUAAGUGCAAUAAAGGUGCUAAAGAAAGUCAUUGGGCGAAAGUGUGCAAAUCCGGAACGACAGAUGGCAGGUCUGAGAAGAUUAAAUCCAAGACUACCGUACGUCAAGUGGAAGAUGACUCUCGUGCGGACCCGUUUUUUUGUGGCGACGGUGAGCCAAUCACAGGCUCCGUCGGACGAGCCGUGGCGGGCUAA